AUGGUGCUCCGUACCAAAACGGAACGAAAUCUGAUUCCGGGAUCUUGUUUCCCCCCACCUACCCGACGGCGGCCUCGCGGAGAGGCUACUGGAAAAUGGCAAAAAAAGCCCGAAUGCCGCAAAGUGAAUGCAUUGGGUGGCGAACGAGGCAUUAUUCCCGACGCACCGGCCGGGCAGGCAAAUGCCAGUGAUCGAUUGGUCCCCCAGAAGCAGGUGGUCGGUGGUACGGCUUGGUGUACCCAAUGUCUUCUCGAAGCUUGGAUUGACUACGUGCGGCCCAUGGCCAUUCGUGCACCACAGACCUGCCGCGGGAUUUUGAGUGUCAAGGUGACCGGCAGCGGUUCGAUAUUGGGAACACUUGUGUGGCCUUCCGCGCUGAAAGAUGCCGCGCUCCAACAAUCGCCUGUUUCUAAUCUGGGCAUUUUGAUGGACCAGCUCCGUGUCCAUGUGGAGACCCUACUAGCGCCGCACUCUCCACAAGAGGGUUUCGGCACCCAGCCUCUCAUUGAUCGGAGGGUGCCGACUGACGAUUCAUCUGGCUGCACCAUCAGUGCGGAAAACGUCAUGCUCAUGCUCCAACUUUCGACUCGUACCAACGGCGCCAUGAUGCACCCACUGAUUCGUCAGCCAUCAUCCGCUGAGUGUGACCACAUUACGCUAGUCUGCACUAGCUGCGCCGGGCCCAGGAUUCUGGGCGGGACAGGGUCUAGGGGUGCUGGGUCACCACAGCCGAGAAAGAAGAUGGGACAAGGACUACUGUGUAAAGGAUCCAGGAGCUAGGGCUCCCAAGCUUGAAGAUCGAGGGGCUGGAGCGGGAGCCGAAACUGGCGAGUCUCCUAGCGUGGUCUACUGCAUUAUAUGUACUGUACUGCAUAGUAAUGCAGUGUGUCUUGUUCCUUCCACAUCCUCGUAGGGUCGGUUUACAAUCGCCCACCGUGCGGGCGUGCAAUGAUCGACAUACCAGGCAUUCGAAUCAUUGGGUAGAUAAUUAAAAGUCUGGGGAAGACAGGGGCAAGGGGUGUUUCUGUCUGGCGGUGUUGGCAGACAGACAGGGGUCUGCAGAGUGGAGCGGCAGCCUGUUGCGAUCAAGUAAAGAGGGUGUUACCUAGAUAUGGAGAGAACCUAUGGAGAGAGAGUAUAUGUGCGUGUGAUAUAUGUAGGUAGUG